CUUUUCUCUCUUUCUUGUACAAGCAUAAAAUAUACACCCUUGCCCUAUAAUCUUCAGUUUCCUCCCCUUCCAAGUUUCUCUUAUUUAACCAUUUUCUUGACCAAUUUUCUCUCUUAAAAUUCAAAAAUAUACACACUCAUUAAUUCAUCAUUCUUCAAUUUUCACUUUCUUUGAAAUUUCUUAUAACCAAUUCAAUUUAUUAUAAUCCAUUUGACCUCUGCUUUCUUGUUUUCUUCUGGAUGUUUAUUUUUACAUGUUUUGACUUCUUCCAAUCUCCACCAUUUCUUCUCCUAUAUAAAUCCCCCAAAACGUAAUUUCUUCCUUAAUCCAUUUUCAUAAUUUUGUUGGUUUUUUUUCUAAAUUUUAGUUAAUCAAACCCAUUUCUAAUUUCCUCUGUUUUCCUCUUAUUAAAUUAAACCCAUAAUACAAUUAUUAAUUAUUUUUAAUUUGUAGAUAUAGUAUUUGAUUUCGUAACGUAACCGUUUAGGGUUGUUUCAUUAUUUUGAUUAUUGAAAAUGUUGGGAGAGUUCAUCAGCAGAGGACUUUUUAUGAUAUUGGGGUUUGCAUACCCAGCAUUUGAGUGUUUCAAGACAUUGGAAAGAAACAGAGUUAGCAUUGAAGAACUACGAUUUUGGUGUCAAUAUUGGAUCAUUAUUGCUGUACUUUCAGUUGGUGAGAGGUUUGGAGAUAUAUUCAUUUCAUGGGUUCCACUUUAUGGAGAGUUCAAGUUGGCUUUUAUCAUUUACCUUUGGUAUCCACAAACAAGGGGAACUUCUUAUGUGUAUGAAAGUAUGUUGAGGCCAUUCGUGUCGAAACAUGAGACAGACAUUGACAAGAAUCUGAAGGAAUUGAGGUUGAGGAUAUGGGAUUUAGCCAUUUACUACUACCAAAACUGGACAGAGUUGGGUUCUUCUGCAUUUUUCAAUGUCAUUCAAUAUGUUGCUAAUCAAUCUUCAAAGCUUAAGGGAGGUGGCUCUCAGAAUCAAAGACCGAGAGGCAGCCCACCACCCUCGUCUAGUGGCUCAAGCUUCCUAUGGCCCCUACGACAACGCAAGCCGAAAUCCUCGCCAAGUCACCCCAACCAAAGUUGGCCACCACCACCAAGGGAAGAGCAACCAGCACCAUCAGCACCCCCACUUCCAAACUCAUUUCCUUCUGUGUUCUAAGAAGAGGCCCACAGUACAAAGUCCAAACUGGUCCAAAUGAAACCCAACGAGGCCCAUACUCAAUGCAUACACAGAGGAUUUUCUAGAUGAGGCCCAGUUAAGAAGCCCAAAUCACUAAAAUUCAAGAUAGGGUUUAAACCCUUCCAAAUUAUCAUUAAACCCAUCAAAUUGUUACAUACUUAUAUGGGUGAACACUAUGGUUCGAUACGGUUUGAUACCUAAAUCAGAUCAAGCUAUAAUGUAUGUGUAAAAUUUUUUAAAGUUGUACCAGAUUGUUUAACGUCUCAAUUUGAAUGAGACCAAACCGUUUUAGAGAUUUUUUUUAAUUAUAUUCAUCGAGUCAUUUAGAUACAUGUAAAUAUUUAGAAAAGUUGUAUUUUUUUUUUAAAUAGCAAGAAAAACUUGUAUAAGAAAGUUGAGCAUAGAUCGUUUGACAUGUAAUUUAUCUAUGUUGAAAAUAUAUGAUUACAAACAUGUAUAAUUGUGAUUUAUGGUUACAUAUAAUGAUUUUAACACAA